AUGUACGACGGUACAGGCGACCCCGACGAUCAUAUCGCUCAGUACAAGCAGCGGAUGCUCGCUGUUGCACUACCAAAAGAGUCUCGCGAAGCUACAAUGUGUAAAGGUUUUGGCUCCACUCUGAUCGGACCUUCCUUACAAUGGUUCAUCAACCUACCCACCAGGUCCAUAUCCUCUUUCGCGAGCCUCAGCGACAAGUUUGUGGAACAAUUCGCGAGUAGUAGGAGCCUGGAGAAGACUUCAGACGGUCUCUACGAGAUUCUUCAGCAUCGGGUAGAACCCUUGCGAGACUACAUAGCCCGCUUCAACCAAGAGAAGGUGACAGUUCCCGAAUGCAGCAUCCCUACCGCGAUCUCUGCCUUCAAAAGGGGCCUGCUUCCAGACGGGGGCCUCUACAAAGAAUUAACCAUGUAUCCCUGCAAGACCAUGGAAGACGUGUUAUCCCGAGCCUGGGCGCAAGUGAAGUGGAAAGAAGACGUCGCUAGCCGCGCUAAAGCCCAGCCGAAGCAGGACAAAAAGUCGGCCCGAUCGAAUCAAGAAAAUCGGGAUGAAAAAUCCUCCCAAAGGGCGACCAAGGACUCCAGGAAUAGAAACCGGUGCAGGUUUCAAUGCCGACCCCUGAAAAAGGAAGAAGGAAUGUCGGUAUCCACUUGGCCCGACAUCUCCCAUCUAUCGAUAUCCACCCCGAGGCUAGUCAACAUCUUGAGGCAAAUGGGCCAACAGGUCAAGUGGCCUCAAAAGAUGAAGGCACCUGACUCGUUCCAGAACCCUGGCCUCUGGUGCGACUUCCAUCGCGACCACGGUCACAAAACUGAAGACUGCGUCGCUCUAAGGAUCGAGGUCAAGGAACUACUCCAAAAGGGGCAUCUCCGGGAAUUCCUCUCAGAGAAAGCCAGGAACCAUCUAAGUAAAGAGGUGUCGGUAAAAUCCACUGGAGCUAUACCCGCCUCGCCACUUUGCCAGGACUGA